GCUUGACGAAGAAAAUACAAUUGUGGUGUUCUGUCGGUGUAUCCGGCGAUGAAAAUUCAUCUACAAAAUGCUAAGUAAAAUUGUUAACAUGACAUACUAUCGAUUCACAGCGUGAUUGGUUAAGCCAUUGUUCAAUGCAAGUAUGGCCGCCCUGCCAUCACCCACGCAGGUGGCUGGAAGCCAUACUGCUAUAUAUGAAGCCUACUACAAUCAGGUUGAUCCAAAUGGCUAUGGACGAAUCGGUGCGAUGGAAGCUGCAAGAUUUCUUAAGAAAUCCCAGCUAAGCGAUGUUAUACUAAGUAAAAUAUGGGAUAUGGCAGAUCCACAAUCACGUGGCUCGUUAGAUAAAUCUGGUCUUUUUGUUGCUCUUAAAUUAUGUGCACUGGCACAAGCAGGAAGAGAUCUUAAUAUGUCGAAUUUAAAUAUGGAAUUACCUCCUCCAAAGAUGGGUGAUAUUCCUAUAAUUCCCCAGAAAAAUGUAGUUAAUAGCUUACCAGUAAUAACACCUGUUAAUAAUGAAGAUUGGUCUAUUAAACCAGCAGAGAGAGCAAAAUAUGAUCAACUGUUUGAUAGUUUGCGACCUUCGAAUGGAUAUAUACCUGGAAAUAAUGUUAAAGGUGUUCUUAUGAAUAGUAAACUUCCAUUAGACACACUUGGAAAAAUUUGGGACCUGGCAGAUAUGGAUAAAGAUGGUAUGCUGGAUAGACAUGAAUUUGUGGUUGCUAUGCAUCUGGUAUAUAAAGCAUUAGAGAAAUAUGCAAUACCAAGUGCACUUCCACCAGAGUUAAUGCCACCUGGUAAAAGAAAAGAUAUUACUAUACCAGUAUCAAAGUCUCCUGCACCUAUAGGAAUGACAACUGCCCCACCACCUAUUCCACCUUUACCUAAUGUAUCAGCUGUACAAAGUAUGGCUGGUUUGGACAUGGCUAAGACAAGCGUGCAAUGGGUAGUCUCUGCUGAAGAGCAAAUAGCAGCAGAGAAGAUGUUUUUGCAAAGUGAUUUAGAUAUGGAUGGCUUUGUCUCGGGUAUAGAAAUUAAAGAUGUCUUCCUUCAAAGUGGACUUCCACAGACUGAUUUGGCUAUUAUAUGGAACCUCUGUGACAUAUGUCAAAGUGGAAAGUUCAAUAGAGAACAAUUUGCUUUAGCCAUAUGGUUCAUCAAUCAAAGACUUAAAGGUGUUGAUCUACCAGCAACUUUGCUUCCUGAAAUGAUACCACCUUCUAUGCGCAAAUCAUCAGAUACUGUUAUGGAAAACAACAAUAUAUCUGGUUAUUCAAAUCCAGAAUUAGACAUGAUAAGUAAGGAUAUAGCAGAGCUAGUGAGGGAAAGACAAAACAUGGAACAAGAUAUUGCACAAAAAGAAGCUGACAUCAAGAUUAAAAACGGUGAAAUUAAGAACCUGCAGAGUGAAUUAGAUACACUUGCUGCUACAUUAAAACAAUUGGAAAAUCAGAAGGGAGAAGCACAAAAAAGAUUGAAUGACUUGAAGGCUCAGAAGACAGAAGUAGAUAAAGAUUUGAGUGAUGUCGAGCAGAAGAUUCGUGAAGAACAAAGAAAGGUUGAUAAGCUACGUCAGCAAGCAGAGGAACAGGAAUCAGUGUUGCGUGCUCAAGAGGACGAACUUAAUUCUAAGAGACAAGAAUUGGAAGGCUUGCGUCAAGAGGAACAACAGUUAGAACAGCAACAAAACAAAAGUAGGGACCAAUUGAAUGAACUGACGAAAAAUUUGCAAGACACUCAGUUGCAAAUUUCUCAAGCAAAGGCAAAAAUCACUCAUUUGCAAGAACAGCAACGUCAGAUGAGUGAUGCAAUUGCACUUUAUGAUUCUGCACUUGCGGCAGGAGAUGCUACUCUCGUACCUGACACUAGUCUGCAAUUUAAUCCCGAAAUUGAAGAGCUAGGAUAUGAAACAACCGGAAAUAAUGCAGAUGAAACAAAAGAAACAAAAGCGGAGUCUUUCACUAACUUGAACGGGACAGCAGCAUUAGAUGGAUUUGAUCAAGAUCCUUUUGCAUCGAGUAAAGCUCAAGAAGCAUUUAGUGCUUCAUCACCAGAUCCAUUUGGAAAUGCAUUUCCAUCGCAACCUACCUCUGGUGGAUUCACAUCUGAUCCGUUUAGUGCAUUUGAUAACAGUAAUACAAAACAAGAUCCGUUUGAUCCAUUUGGAAAUGGAAAAAGAACUGAUAUUAAGCCCACAAUUGCAACGGCAGCAACAAAAGAUCCAUUUGGCGAUGAUCCAUUUGCGAAUCUUCAUGCACCACCUCGCCCGGAAAGUCCUAGUCCUGCUCUUCCUCCUAAAAAGGCAAAACAACCACCACCACGACCAGCACCCCCACGACCUUCCCAAGGACCUACUGGUCCCUUAAGAGCAGCACCAGCACCGCCGACUCCGUCUCCUACUCCAGAUCCUUUUGCAAAUGCUAAUUCUGAUCCCUUUUCAUCUCAACAAGGCAUUAUGGAUAAUAAUAACGGUAGUUUCACCACAUCUACUGGAUUCGCUGACUUUGCUAAUUUUGAUUCCAAGCCGGAACCAACGCAGAAUCGAACGGCACCACCCAGACCAACGAGCAGAGCACAGACGAUGGUAACUCCAAAGCUGCCGGACUUCACAGAGGAUCCAUUUAGGGAUUACCGAUACGAAGAUGUCUUUACCAUAGCAGAUCCCUUCGCCGACGAUACCGAGGACUUUAACGCGAACAAGAGUAACGAUACAGGCAAGAUGGAUCCAUUUAGUUGCGGUACGUCUUCGGUAAUUCCUCGGAAGAAUUCAUUCACAAAAGGUUUCAACGCUGACUUCUCGAACACAUUUCCCCUGACUAAGAAUAAAAUCGAUAAGGACAACGCUAAAUUCGAUGCUGAUUUCGUGAAAGCAUUCUCUGAUGACAACAGAAAUAUAAAGGCCAUUGAAACAGAUGCCUUCUCGAACACCAAGACAAAGACGAUCGACAUUGAUGAAGCGUUUUCAACGAAGAGCGAUAAAUCUAGGAAACAAGGACAGGAUUCGAUGCAUAACAAAACGAAAACUGGUUCGAACGAUAAAAAAGUGAAAACGUACAUUGAUAAGGUUUGGAACGACAACGGUGGACCGCUAGCGUUGACAGAGGAAGAACAGCUUGUAUGGGCGUCCCAGCAGAGCUUGAAGUCCGAAGAGGAGCGACGCAGGCGUAAGGAACGAGAAGAGGAAGAAUUAGCAUUAGCACUUGAACUGAGUAAACAAGAGAAGUCUGGCAAGUUGUAAAGGCUCGGUCGGUAGAGUGCUUUUGUUUCGAUUCGUUCAGUUGACUUGACUAGUAUAUUUUUCGGGCACAACGACUUUACGAGUCUUGAUAUGGAAAUCAGGACUGGAGGGUACAUGAUACGUUCACUUCAUACGAUUGUAAUACCUACUGAGAUUUCGAGAUCCACACUAAUUAAGGCUAUGAAGAAUAUCUGCGUAAACUGCAAACUACAUAUUAUAAUGCUUACUUUUAAUACUAUUUAGCAUAUCAUAACUGCUGUGAAAACAGAACAGAAAAUAUUUAGAUGGAAUUUAGCGAAGCAUAUGAAUAUCCAAGGAAUUCAUAGAUAGAUGCAUAUAUUAUAUAUCAUACAAAAUCAACAAAGCAUUUUCACUGUAAUGUAACUAGUUCUGAAUGUGGCCUUUUCGGUUUCAUUUUUUUUCUUUCUUUUCAAUCACUUUACAUAUGACACAUUCGAAAAACACUUUAAACCUGGCAACCAAAAUGUUCAAAGACGCUAAUAUUAUUUGACUGUAAUGAAUUUCUAUUGAAUCCUGCACCCAUUUCGGCACUUUGGUUCACCGUAGAGAAAUCGAUGGAUUUUUGUAAAAACGGGUAAGAAUUAAAAGAAUACAUUCGUUAUUGCCUUGCAAUGUUGAAUUCUAAAAAAUAACGACAUUUAUAUAUUCGUAGCUGGUUGUACAUCUAUCGUUAAACGUAAAUUAACAAUGUAUAAAGGCAAAAAUAUAAUGGCAGAUUUAUUGGAUUGACAAUAAAAACGUUGCGUAACACGUGGGGGUUUAAACUGAGGGGAAUAAUAAAUAAAUUGCGAAUCUGCGCAACACGGGGAAACUUUACAACGGUCGUUGUUGUUAAACGUCCCGCAACUAUACAAUCUCUGUACAUUCGCGAUUAGCAGCGGAGCAACGUUUCUGUUUGUUAUUUAAUCUGCACCAUCGCAAAACUAUGCCUUCUGCAAUGACACAAUAGACCAUACUCAAUAUGUCCCCCACCAGUAUUCAUGAUCAUGAAGAUUGAGAAAAAAAAAAAUGAGAAAGACUUCUGACUAAAUGGAUGUUAAUAAGUAGAGCAACACUCACAGUAAGACGUAUAAUAAUAUGAAGUUUACUAAAGUCAUCGUCAUACGCUAAUAAUAUCCUCUUAAAUACAUUAUCAUAGGAUAUAAGGAAAAUUUUCAAUCGCAUAAGUUUCUAUUGCAAAAUACAAAGUGCGUGUUUCCAUAAUGGCGCAAUAGGAGACACAGAAGAGGAUUUUUGUUUUUCUGUUACAUUGAAUCAGGACUUCGACAAGCGGGUAUGAGGAGAAAAAAAGUGAAGAUGCUAUUGAUUAAUAAAUGAUGAUACUGAUGUGUUACCGUUAUGUGAACCGUUCCAAGCGACAUGUUUGCACGAAUGCCGUCUAAUUCAGCCUUCGGUCUUAACGAUCAGUAUGGCUCAAAGAAUAAGGUGUUCAAUUGAAGCGUAGCUCCGUGUUUGUACCUUGAGCAUCUUUGCGUCACGCGGAACCGUUGAAAUCUAAACACAAACAAAGAGCCGCGCGGCUAUCGUUACUUUUAACAAACUGUAUCUUACGAGUUUACGACAACGUAUUACACAUGGUGUAUAUAUUACUAUCCCUGUAUUAUUUUAUCGUGUUUAUUAUAAUUGUGUUAUUAUUGUUAUAAUGCUAUUAAUUAAUAUUAUUGUAUUAAUAUUGUCGGUAUUGUAGUGUCCACUUAAAGCACACACGGUGUCGAUAUCAUUUACCAGUGAACAAGAAACAUACGAACAUGCAAUAUCAUAUUGUGCGUCGCCUUCUCCCAAAUACGGUAUUAUUAAUGUGUUUUUGGUCAUAAUGCUGCGACUGCGUUCCAAGAACUGCAUGUGUAUGCAUGUUAACAGCAGGUACACAUGGGAAUACACGAGCGACCAUCGAAAGUGUGCGCGUGCGAGAAAACGGAAACCGAAUGAACGAAACGACUCAUUCUGACAUUAUGCAUUGUUAAGUAACUGGAGCAGAUUUUUUUGGUCGUCCAAAGAGUAGAAAUUGCAAUGUAUAAAUACAUUAUUUUCGCAAAAUUUUAUAAUAUAUUCUCUUCGUAUUUUAUGCAAUACACAGGAUUGUCUAGAUGUCAGUGUAACCAAAACUUUGAUAAAGUUUCAACAGAUCUUGAUUUUAUAUGGAAGUAAAGAAAUUUUUCUUUCAAUCCAGUUCCGUUUCAUUAGCUCUGAAAACUCUAGUCUUGCAUAAACGUCCGCAGUCUAACUAUAAAAAGCCGAACGAAAAAUACUGAUACUACAGUUGUUUAUUUAUUGAUAAUCAAAAGUACGACUGAUUUUUUUUACGUUGAAAAUAUUCCAAAGCGUUUAAACAUACUCCAACUAACGAAUUUGGAGUAAGGUGUCGUAACUUGCUCGACAGUUGUAAUUAGGAACAUUAGUAAUCUGUUUGAUUACUUUUGGAGCCUUGCUACCAUGUUUUGACAAAAUUCAUUUACGUUGCGCUCGCCGCAUUAAUUACCGCAUUAAUACGCAAGAUGAAUAUUUUAACUGUGAAACAGCAUGUAAGCACACGAAGAAAAUCGAAGUAUAUACGCAAACAGUGAUUAGAAUGUUUAGAAAGCGUUAGAAGUUGCGAUUGCGAAAUGCUUAUCCUAUACGUGAGUAGGAAACGCUGUUUUGCACAGUAUUGUUUCUGUUAAUACUUGAUGGACGAUGAGCGUAUAAAUUUCAUUAUUUUACUUCAGUACACCCAC